AUGGAGGACGGGCUCCUCGAAUCCUUCGGGAGGCUGAGCCUCCAGCCGCCGCGGCCACGGCCGCCCGCCCCGCCGCCCCCGCGCGGGACGCCCCCGCGCCGCCCCGGCUUCCGGAAGCACCUCUACCUGCUGCGCGGCCUCCCGGGCUCGGGCAAGACCACGCUGGCCAGACAAUUGCAACACGACUUUCCCAGGGCCCUGAUUUUCAGCACGGACGACUUUUUCUUCAGGGAAGAUGGCACCUAUGAGUUCAAUCCAGACUUCCUAGAGGAGGCUCAUGAGUGGAACCAGAAAAGAGCAAGAAAAGCAAUGAGGAAUGGCAUAACCCCCAUUAUUAUUGAUAAUACCAACCUCCACGCCUGGGAAAUGAAGCCCUAUGCAGUCAUGGCACUUGAAAAUAACUAUGAAGUAAUAUUCCGAGAACCCGAGACUCGCUGGAAAUUCAACGUUCAAGAGUUAGCCAGAAGAAACAUUCAUGGAGUUCCAAGAGAAAAAAUACACCGAAUGAAAGAACGAUAUGAGCACGGUGUCACCUUUCAUAGUGUGCUUCGCGCAGAAAAGCCAAGCAGAGUGAACAGAAGCCAGGACAGGAGCGGAGCAUCGCCUUCCACUGGGGCGGGAUGCUGGAGCACCUGCGCGGAGUUUCCGCACCGGAGGGCCGCCGGGCGCUUUGCACAGGAGAGCGCCUUUACCCGGAGGGGGGGUUGUCACAGUGGACAUUAG